CUUCGCUCAUUCUCACAUUCGCUUUUUGGUCCAUAAUCUUUUUCUUGUUUUUUUUUUUAAAAAUUUAUUUAUUUAUUUAUUAUUUUUUAAAAUCAUUAUUUUUUUUUUUUUGGUUUUACAUGAAAUUAAGUCUUUUUUUAGGUUAUGGAAAAAUAGUAACUGUUUAAUAUAAAGAAGGAAAAUUUGGGUAUGUGAACAUUUUUUGAUAGCUAUUCGAAUCACACACCAAUUGUUUGAUGAAAUUCCUCAAAGAAAGAUGUGGUCCUCGUCCACACCAAGAUACGUGGGAUUUUUGUUGAAAAUUAUGCAUCCAAAAAAAUCUACGCAUUUUUUGUGUUCUAUGUACUCCAGUGGAUCGUAUAAUCAAUUGCCUGCGGAGCUGCAAGAGAUGUGCAAAGUUGUUUCCGGGUCAAUUGGUAGUUUAGACGAUCUGGAAUGUAGUCUCAAUGGAUUUAAAGUCAAUUUAACAUCACGUUUUGUAACUCAAAUCAUGGUUUCUUGCAAACAUGAGGCACCCACUAGAAGACUGUUGAGAUUUUUUUUGUGGUCACAUAAAAGAUUGAAUUCUGAUAUGAAAGAUAAGGACUUUAAUUAUGCAAUUCGAGUCUUGGCAGAGAAGAAAGACCAUACAGCAAUGCAGAUUUUGAUUUCGGAUUUGAGGAAGGACGGUCGUGUAAUGGAGCCACAAACUUUUGGUAUUGUGGUUGAGACAUUGGUUAAACUAGGGAGAGAAGAUGAGGCAUUGGGUAUAUUCAAGAAUUUGGAUAAGUUCAAGUGCCCUCAAAGCAGUGAAACUCUUGCUGCUAUCAUUGCUGCUCUUUGCACCAAAGGACAUGCUAAGAAAGCAUAUGGGGUGUUUUGGCACCAUAAGGAUUUGAUAUCAGAGGUAAAGCCUUGCAUUUACAGGAGUCUUUUAUAUGGGUGGUCAAUGCAGCAGAAUGUCAAGGAAGCGCGAAAGGUUAUCAAAGAGAUGAGAGGGGAUGGGAUAAUGCCAGAUUUGUUUAUUUAUAAUACAUUUCUCAAGUGCCUUUGCGACAGAAAUCUCAAAUCUAAUCCUUCAGGACUAGUUCCUGAAGCAUUGAAUGUUAUGAUGGAAAUGAGAUCUUAUAUGAUAGAGCCGAACUCAGUUAGUUAUAAUAUUUUGCUCUCUUGCCUUGGGAAGGCAAGAAGAGUCCAAGAAUCUUGUAGGAUACUUGAGCAAAUGAAAAGGUCGCGUUGUGCUUCUGAUUGGGUCAGUUAUUAUCUUGUUGCAAAAGUACUGUAUUUGACUGGGAGAUUUGGUAAAGGGAAUAAAGUAGUGGAUGAGAUGAUUGAAAACGGGCUGGUGCCAGAUCGUAAAUUUUACUAUGACUUGAUUGGUGUUCUCUGCGGAGUUGGGAGGGUGAAUUUUGCUCUGGAAUUGUUUGAGCGAAUGAAGAGAAGCUCAAUGAGCGGUUAUGAGCGUGUGUAUGAUGUGCUGAUACCUAAGCUUUGUAUAGGUGGGAACUUUGAGAAGGGUAAAGAGCUAUGGGAUGAGGCCAUGGCCAUGGGUGUCACUCUUAGCUGCUCAAAUGAUAUACUGGAUCCCUCAAUCACCAAGGUUUUCAAGCCAACAAGAAAGGUGGAGGAAGAGGUCAGGCUUAACGAUUGCAUCACAAUCAAUAUUCCUAAGACACGAGCACGAGUUAAGAACAUAAAGGGAAAGUCUAAGAAAAUGACUAAAAAGAAAAUGGAAAGUAAGAAGACAAAGAAGAAAUCUGCUUCAAGAUAACUGGACCAAAGGGUAAUUGCUUAAUGCUAAAUCUCAGACUGAUGAUUAUGUGAUUUUUCUGGGGGCAUCUUUAGAGGGGUCCAUUUUGCUCUUUGACAUUUAGCAUUCAGAAUCAUUUGAUAGUUACUGUCGCACUAGUCGCUGUUUUCCUUAGAGUUGCGGAGAAUAUCUUAUGGUGAUGAUUAAAUGGUCAUGCACAUAUGCAUGCGAGUGCAUUAACUACAAUAUGGCAAUGAAAAUCCUCAUCCAUUGGUUGGCAGCCUGAAUAGGUAUUAACUUAAGGUUCAAAGGCUCGUACUUACAUGAAUAAGGAAAAGCAUAUUAAUGGAAUAUGUAGCGCUGAUACACGUCAUCACACUGUUCUUUCCCAAGUUCAGAAUUAAGUUUUGUGCUUUCCCUUUUGCCUCCCUUUAUUUUCUUUAUAUUAUUUUAUAUUUGUUUCAUACUUCAAAAAGUUGAAUCUUCUGCACUUUUAAGCUAAAAUUCUUUUGUUUUUUUAACUGUACUUGUUGAAACAAGAUGGGAAUGCACAAAUACGGCCAACA